AGUUCAACUCCAGACCUUGAGAGUCAUUUGCUGUUCUCUUUAAUAGAGGGUGUUUAUGUUCUUGUAGGUGGAAAACUUUAAAAAGGGAGAGAGCAACUAGAGAAAUGACAGGAGAUUUGUGCAAGUGCAACUGGAAAUGUGAAGGAUACUGGAACAGAGCAUGCAGUGGAUUUUAUGUUGUUUUGUGGCAUUAGGUGCUGAACCUGUUUAACAUGACUCACAGAUCACAAGCGCCAAAGACCAAAACUGACAACCAUUUGAGCAUAAAGGAUUCAGAGUCCCUUGACACCUGCAUACAGAACACGCUUUCGGCUCUGUACCCACCUUUCGAAGCCACUGCAGCCACUGUCCUGUGGCAGCUGUUCCAUGUGGUGGAGAAGUCGUAUCGAGGGGACGGACUCCGCUGUCUGAUUGAUUUCCUUGUUCCUGCCAAGAGAAUCCUGCAGUGCAUUCAACAGGACACUUGUGCCAGGUACACAGGGCUCAUCUUCCGUCAUGAAGGCUGGCCUCUCUGUGUCCACGAAAAGGUGGUGGUGCAGUUAGCAUCUCUGCAUAGAGUUCCUCUCAAGCCUGGAGAUUUUUAUAUACAGAUUGUGCCACAGGGGAAUCAGUCCGCAAAAUUGGUGAUAAAAUGUCUUUCCAGAAAUGGACAGUCCCUAGAAGAAGUUCUUGUUCCCGAGUGUAUCUACCCGAAUGUCUUCACUAUGGAAUUUCUAGAAAAUGUGAACCGUGAGAGGAACUGUUCCCUGCACAGCUGCCUUCUAACAAGUGGCACUGCUGUUCUGAGAGUACAUUGGAAGAACGUAAUUAACCCUGCAUUUGUUAACAAGCCAAAACCCGUGCUGACCCAUUCCUACUACAGUCCAGUUCACCAUGACCAGUUGAUAGAUACCAGCACCACCACGGAAAAGAUGCCUCAAAUGACAGAAAACAGCAACUCGCCAGACCAUUGCAUGUCUGGUGAUGCAAAGUCUUCAUCCGAGAAAUCAGCAAUUUUGGAAGAUAAAGUGAACUGUGGGACUCAUUUGUCAGGGAGCACUCAGUCUUUUGAAAAUGGUGUCAAACAGAAGCCUUCCAAAGAAUCCAGUAAAGGAGAUUGUUUGUUUCCACAUAAUCCUAACAACACUGAAGUGUCCCCUUUACCAAAUUUAGUUCGACCUCUUUCUGCAGAGACACCAACAGUUAAUGAUGAAAUUCUGGUGGUUCCUGUGACUGAGAGCAGGAUUAAUACCAAAGUUUUAACCUUUGCCACAGACUUAAGCAGUCCAUGCCAACGGAGGAAACAGCAUCGGGAUUCCAUUUAUCUUGAAACCAGGCGCCUUUUUAGAAAAUCAUACAUGGAGGCUUUGCAGAACCCAAUGCAACUGGGCUUCAGUUCUGAGGAGUCUAUCGCUGAGGAAAUCAUGGAGCAUAAAACUGGAGUGAUCAGCAAUGGAAAGUUAAGGCCAUGUGCUAACAGAGCUGGUGAAAAACAGAACCGUAAGCAUGACCUGCAGAGUGAUGGGUCCAAAGCUAAAGGAGGGAAUGAAGAUGCCAGAAGCAGUCAGCACUGCCAAGACCCAAAUGGGCCUGUGACAUUGCAAGAGCGUUCUUCUGUCACUGACAGUAGAACCUGUCGCAGGAGAUCCAAGUCUUUGGAUAUGGCCUACAAGAACUUACAGGGCAAAGCAUUAAGGACAAGAUUCUCUUCUGGUGAUUCCUCAAGAAAUCAAAAGAAAAUAUUAAACGGACACUCAGUGGAACCGGGAAAAUUGGAACAUGACGUGUGUUUUGCCAAUACUGGAAGCAGCUCUACUACUUCAGCAGGUUCCUCCCAGAACUGUGCAGCUGAGAUGCAGAGGAGGAGCAGCUGCCAAGCAGUUUUAAGCCAUACGUGGGAAGCCGCAGAGAUUCCUCCUUCAGCACCUUGCCCUCAAGCCUCACUGCAGGCCCCGGGCACUACACAAGCCUGCAGCAGCCUCCCUACUACGGCUGCAGAGGUCAACGUGGACUUGCUGCAAUCGGGAGUUGCCCAGUUACCAGGCAACAGAGACAAAACUGGUCGAGCUGUGAUCCAGAUCUGCACACACAACGUAAUAUGGGUGAACCAAAGCUGCCCCAGCGCAGAGCUGACCCAUCUACUAUUGUAUUACUACAGCAUCCCAAGGAAGGAAGUGCGUGAGCUUGGUCUGACCAUAUUAGUGGACGCUCGCAGAUGUCCUCCUACUCUGACCCUCUUCAAAGCUUUUAUUGCACUGCAGGUUACCAUUCCAAAUGCUAUUAACUCAGUCUUGGUUUUAGUGGAAAGGGAUUCUACAUUUCGACCUGAAAGGGACCCACUUGUUCAGUAUGAAUUGGUGUCAUCGCUAAAGGUUCUGCACAAGCACAUUGAUGGCAGUCAACUGACGCAGGAAUUUUCUGGAACUUUUCCUUAUGAUCACAAUGACUGGAUCCGCUUCCAUAUGAAGUUGGAGCCAUUCAUGAUGAACUGUCGAGGGGCUCUCAUCUACCUGAACAAUUCUAUCAACAGCCUGAGUGUCAGCAGAAUACCUAGCACGGAACAGGAAGUCAUCGAACUCAUUGACCAGCACCAGAGGAUAAUGAAGAGUGUGCUGGAAGAUUCCCGUCUAGUGGGAUUGCGUCUGGAAGGCGGGACUAUCCUUGCUAGGAUUAGGAAAGAUGAAUUCUCCGAUACUGAUGAUUACAGGGAUGCGAUGGAUACUAUCACGAUGCUGUAUAAUCAGGUGGAUGAGGAGGUCCAUAAGCUUGUCAUACUGUCCAACAAGUGCCAGCAGCAGCUGGAAAUCUUUCUGGAGCUGAGAAAGUUCGAAGAAGGAAGUAGCAAGAUAAGACUCUGGGCUGAGUGCGAGGGAGAAAAGCACCUUGUGCAGGUAGACUGUUUGCCACAUUCCCUGGAAUCACUAAGACAAAUGCAGGAAGAGUAUACUGCCUUCUACAACCUGGCUGUGCAACAUUACAGAAGAGGGUUGCAGCUGAUCAACGAUGCUGGUCGUCUAAAUGGUCAAACACACAAUGAGCUGCGAUAUUUGGAUGAAAAGGUUGACAGUUUCAAGCAAUUACUGAGUAACUUCAUUAACAGACUGGAAAAGUGGAGGACAGAUUUGGACAACAUAGUUAAUUUGCACGAAUUCUAUGAGACAGCUGACCAAUGGGUUUUGCACUGUAACGAUUACCUAAGACGCUUGAAAGUGGAUGAGCAAAGCACCGUAGAGUAUAUGACAGCUGUGGUCCAAAGCUUGGAAAGAUACCACCAGGAGGCCACCAAGUUCAAUGCGGAAAACUUCCAGAGGAUGAACGAGAUGGUUCUUGGCCUUGGCAGCGCUAAAGAACUGAAGCAGUGGAACAUCCAGUGGGUGAAGUGCCAACAAACCAGACAUCUUUUGGAGGAAGUCUUAUCCGCAGCAGUCAGAAUCCAUGAUGGUCACAGCAAUGACUUGGCUACUAAAGCUCACUCUGAGGAUGAAGGACCGAGGACAAGUGGUGAGUUUGACACAGAAGGAUCGGACGAACUCGGAGAUUCUAUCUCGCAAAAGACUAUGGAAAGUAUAGAGAACGGUGUUUGGUCUGAUGAUUCUGCGAAUCAUCAGGAACCUGAUCAAGUUUUCGUGGCAUCAGAAUGCCCCAUCGCAUUAGGUUAUGAAGAGUCCUGCCAAAGUGCCAACACAUCACAUAGAUUCAGUACGACCUCUUCAUCCUCGGCUCCACUGUAUGGAAGGCAAUGCGGGGGCAGCGUUUUCUACAAGGAUGUCGACAGCUGCACUGUAAGCUUAUCUGCUGCAUCCUGUCACUCUGAGCCCACACGGUCACCGGCGCCCCGGCACAAGAAGCAGCCAUUGAAAAAGAUCAUGAGGAAGACCCAGAGCUUUGAGAUGUGGCAGCGAGAGUGUGGCCACGGUGAAGCCGGCAGGCACGGCAACACCGGAGUUUAUAUCAAAGGGUUAGAGGUGGUCAGUAGUGUGGUGGCAGACAAAAACCGGAUUUCCAGAUCAGAGCUGAAAAGCCCAAUAUUGACCAGGACUCGCAGCUUGCCAAUAUCUUCCAGGACAUACCAUCCACACACAGAAGAAGCCAAAAGAACAGGGAGUAAGCUUCAGCAUAUAAUGGAUGAAAUGAUCAGCACAGAGAGGGAGUAUGUCAAAUCCCUCGGAUAUAUCAUAGAUCACUACUUUCCAGAAAUGGAGAGACUGGAACUGCCUCAGGAUCUGCGUGGAAAGCGCACUAUCAUAUUUGGGAAUCUGGAAAAGCUCUAUGAUUUUCACUGUCAGUACUUUCUGAAGGAACUCGAACACUGCACCAACAGUCCACUCCAAGUCAGUCACUGCUUCCUCAAACAUGAAGAGCAAUUUGGGAUGUAUGCACUGUACAGCAAGAACAAACCUCAGUCUGAUGCUCUGCUCGCUAGUCAUGGAAACACUUUCUUCAAAAUUAAGCAGAUGGCACUUGGUGAUAAGAUGGACCUGGCCUCCUACCUGCUGAAACCCAUCCAACGGAUGAGCAAGUAUGCAUUGCUGCUGAAGGACAUGAUCAAACAGUGUAGCAAAACACAAGAGCAGGAGCUGUCUGAUCUUCAAGCGGCUGAAGAAAUGGUUAAGUUUCAGCUUCGUCAUGGAAACGACUUACUAGCAAUGGAUGCCAUUCGAGGAUGUGAUGUGAACCUGAAAGAGCAAGGACAGCUUAUGUGUCAGGAAGAAUUUAUUGUGUGUUGUGGGCGCAAGAAGUAUCUGAGGCACAUCUUCCUGUUUGAGGACCUUAUUCUCUUCAGCAAAACAAAGAAGAUUGAAGGAGGAUAUGACAUCUAUAUUUACAAGCAAUCAUUCAAGACUGCAGAGAUUGGAAUGACUGAGAACGUUGGGGACAGUGGACUACGUUUUGAAAUCUGGUUCAGGAGAAGGAAAUCUCAGGACACUUAUAUCUUUCAGGCCAGUUCUUCUGAGGUCAAAUCAACCUGGACCAGUGUCAUAGGAAAAAUCCUAUGGCGACAAGCCCUGAGAAACCGAGAGCUGCGAAUGCAGGAGAUGGUAUCCAUGGGAAUAGGUAAUAAGCCAUUUAUGGACAUCAAGCCCAGUGAAGCUGCCAUUAGUGACCGGGCAGUUGACUACAUCAUGAAGGGUACGGAAUCUAGAACACGAGCAUCCAUCGCUGUGUCUUCAUUCGAGCACUCCACAUCCUUUAAGAGGCCCCAUUCCACCAUCUCCAACAGCAGCACCUCCUCUUCGAGCAGUCAGUCAUCUUCUUCCCUACUGGGGACUCUCAACCUUCACAUGUACUCGAGUCCAACGCAUGUCAAUCCACAUUGGACACCAUUCAACCAAUGGUCCUAUGACAUUGGGACUUGCAUUGAAGAAGAUGAACUGGAGCAAGAGACUGGAAGCCAACCGUCCAUGGUCACAGAGAGUUCGGAAACCUCUUCACAAUGUACUUCAGCAGAGAGCAUGAGUGGUUCAACUCUCAACUGUGUGUCCCAGCUUUCCACAGAGACAUUUCCUGAUGACACUCCGAAUCCUGACCCAAAGACUCCUUGUCAUUAUACACCCCUAAAUCUUUCCCCAAGGAUGCAGAGGGCUAAACCAGUGAAGAACCAGUACAUCACAGCAAGUAAACCCCAUGUAACAAUAAGCCUCUCAACACUGGUUUGACUUGCAACUAUUUGCAGAGAUAGUUCACUGUGAACAGAAUGUGCCAUGGACCAUCUUACCAACCCAUUGAAGAAGCCGGGUUCAGCUCCAAGGUAUUGGUGCCUUCAAACUGCACACUCUAUGUUGUUCUGAUGAUCACUCUGCCACCCCAAGCAGGAACAAAUACGAUAGCCUCGAAAUCUGAAACAGGAUACAUAAAUGGGAGAAUGUGCAGGAACUUUCGACUGUCUGAGACAGGCACUGCAAUCAUGGGACAUCCCAUUUCAUACUGAAAAAGGACAUUAAAGAUACACUUAAGCCCAAGUGAUAAAUGGGAAGUAACUACAUUAUAUGUACAUAUCCAUACAAUAAUAGUUAGCUUUUUCUUAACAGCUCACUUUUAAUUUUUUUUGUAUUGCAUUCUGUAAAUAACAAGGUGCCUUCUCUGCAUAACCUAUUCUCUUGUGCAAUUUGUGGUGGCUGUAGCUUUGAAACUUCAAAAGUGUAAAUGUAGAUUAAUUCUCCACUGCAGUUAGUGUACAAAUCAAAUUGUGUAGUAGCGUUUAUAUUUGUGUAAAUAUUUAUUUUUAUUGCUUGGUAUUAUUUUUCCCAAAAAUCAUGUCCGACAUAUCUCCGUUCUUCUUGGGUAUCAAGAAAGAUAUGAUCAAGAUAUGAUCUGAAGCUUUGUUCUUUUAUUUGUUUCAUUUCCCAGCAAGAGAUCAAUGUUACAUUGUUUGAAUUGAGCCAAUUAUAUUUUCUACACUUUUGACUGGAGAUAGUUGCAAAUAAGUCUCUUUCGAAAGCAAUUGUCUCCAUUAUAAUCAGAUGAUCGGAUCAUCUAAGAGAUCAGAUAUCAACAUGUAUUCAAUGAGCCAGCAGAUCAGAAAACAAGCUAUGAACAUUCUUGGAUGCUACAAUUAUCUUCUGUUUGCUUCGGUUCCAUCCAUUAAUGUCUUAAGGUAAAUGUUCCUGUAUAUUUAUGUGCCAAGUGUCCAAUGCCAUUAAAAACUCUGAACCACUUUACUUCAUUAUGUUCUGAUCAAAAAUUCUACCCUUUUAUAUAUAUUUAAUCAUGUACAGCUGAUACAGCUAAAAAGAGUCUGUAAGUUUAACCAAGUGACCUUUCGUGACCAGACGAGUACUAUUUUUCACUAUCUGAAAGCUUAUUUUACGACUUCAGGUUUUUAGCAAAUAAAAUGAACUUCUGUCUAGAAA